AAAAAAAAAAAAACGCGUUGUAAUAACGAUGAGACGUUGUACCCGUGUUGUAUAUAUUGUAUAUAUUGUAAUAUAUGAUGAUUCGCACGUUUAGGCGCCGUGAUCGACGACGGACACGAUAAUACUCGCCGCCGCCGCAGCCGCGACCGCCGUAACGCGUCAUUUGUGAACCGGACGAGCGCGCGAAACCGAUCGCCGUCGUCGUCGUCGUUUCGCUCGUCGCGUUUUUCCCACGUCCCUCGCGAUAUAUCCCCGUAAAUCGGAAGUAAUAUUACAACAGAUAUACAAACUACCACAUCGUUUCCGACAUGGCUUCGCGAAUACAGCCCAAGCAGGCGAGCGCGGCAACCACGGGAGUCGCCUGUCUGGUCGGCGCGGUCGCCUGGAUCCUGAUCAGCUCCAUUUACGUGGGCAACACCGAGGGCUGGCCGCAGUUCGUGCUCAGCGCGUUCGCCGCGGCCACCGUGUGCGCGGUGGCCGCGUCUUCGUUGGCGUACGCGGCCUACCAGCAGUACGUGGUCAAGAACAACCUGUUCGCCGACCACUGCGCCGACGAGUUCGACUACCGGUCGACGGGCCAAUGGGCCGUGGUGACUGGCGCCACUGAUGGAAUUGGCAAAGAGUACGCACGUCAGGUGAGUGACAGCAGUCAUAGUAGCGACAUCAAGAGCAGCAGCAACACCACAAAUGUCGUUCGCGGUGACAUCCCAGUCGUCGAUGACGAUUUGAUCGCGACGACUCAGCGCAUAAUCCGCUGGUCGACUAACCAACGAAUCAUAAUCUCACAAAAAAUGCCAUUUGCAAUUGUAUAUAGUUUAGUUACAAUAGUGACAGUAGUUAUUAACUAUAUUUUGUUCUGUCGUAUAACAACGACACGACAUACUUGUGUGUGCAGUUUUGUAGUGGCGUGUUCUUUACCUCCAAGUACUUAAUUAUAUUUUAUUUCAAAUUGUAUUAACCAAAAAAAGAGUAAAAAAAAAAAACCAAAAAUAAAUAAGUAUCUAUGCAAACUUCGUUUUAUCUCGUGCACUAAACAGUAUCACCCUCUUGAAAUAAUUUUGUCUCGCUUACGUUUUUUUGUUUUUUCGAUCCUGAAGUUAGAUACCUAAUUCAAACUGUUUUCAAUAUUUUCCAUAAUUAUAGGUAGGUUAGUAGUACAUUUUUUCUUAACCCGAAUAAAAUUGUUUUAAGUUUAAUGUUUCAUUAUUAGUGAUGAACUCUUGUCCUCUUUGAUUUCUAUUAAAUUUCAUUAAUCACUUUAGUCUAUCGCGGUUUAACUAAUAAUAUAAUUUUUGUCUUUUGAUAGUGUCCUAUAAUAAUUCCUACAACUUCUAAAGCACCUACACCUCAAAAUUUAACAUAUUAUCGAUAUAGGUCUUGCACUAACUCCUUUGAUUUCAACUGUCACUUAUAAAUAAUUAUUAUUAGAAUUAGAAUUUCACAUAACAUGAUAUUUUACUUCUUUGCACUCUGUGAAUACGCAUUUAUGUAUCUAUUAACGCACUUAUUUCUGCAAUAAAGUUCUUAUUUUUCUGAAUUUAGAACUUUCUCUAUUUUAUUUUUCUUCCUUUUAAUUUUCUU